AUGUUCAUACCAUACAAAAAAAAUAAAGGGUACAAAAUCCCUGUUAUAUUUGAAUUCGGACAAUAAAAUACAAGAGUUGGAUAUGCAGGAACUGAUGGACCAGAAGUAGUUUUGCCUUCUGAUUUGUUGAUGGAUAGCGAGGGAAAUAUGAAGUUUAUUGAAUAAAAUAGCACGUAUCAACCUAUUGGAUUUGAUGUUAAGAAUAUCCUUCAAGGAGGAUAGAUAGUUGAUUUCGAUAUAUGGAAAGAAUAUGUCGAACACAUUCUCAAUAAUGUUUUAUUUUAAGAGAAACAAUUCCCCUUUUUCUUUGUUGAAAAUGGUAAUGUCAAAAAGGAAACCAGAAACAAAAUCAUAGAAAUGCUUUUUGAAGAAAUUGAUGUUUCCUCUGUGUUUUUCCACAGAAACACUAUGUUAGCAUAAUAUAUAGUAGGAAAAGAAAAUGUACUAGUAGUUGAUUGUGGAGCAUCUCAUACAACAAUUACUCCGAUAUUAGAUGGAAAUGUUAUAGAAAAAGGCAUUCUUAGAGGUGACAUAGGAGGGGAGUAUUUAACUAAUAAAUUAUAUGAGGUUUGGAAAUAAUAGGGUUUGCCAUUUUCUAGAUUUAAAAAUUAUAGUCAACUCUCACCCUCUCUUUAAAUGUAUGGAGAUUUGGAGAUAGUUAGAGAAAUCAAGCAUUAAUGUGUUAAACUAUAUGAUUAACCCAUAGACAAUUUAAAAUUCAACCCAACUGUUGACAAUCAGGCUUACGAAUUACCAGACUAGACUAAAUUGUUAAUAUCUGAAGAAAUGUACAAGUACCCCGAAUUCUUAUAUGAACCAACUGAAAACUUCGAAGGAUUGGAUAAGGCAUUAGAAACAAGUUUGGAGAAAAUUGAUUCAGAUUAUAGAAAGGAACUUGUUCAGAAUGUAAUUUUGAUAGGAGGAGCAAGUUGCACAGUUAAUAUGGUUGAAAGAUUUUAAAGAACUAUCAAUAAUCUUAAAAUCUUUGGAUUAUCUACAAGAAGCAAAGUGCAAACCCUCCACAAGUAUUUUGAUCGUUAACAUGCAUCUUGGUUGGGAGCUUCCAUCGUGGCAAGUUCAUAAAUAUAUGAUCAAUGGACCUUAAAUAAGUCGGACUACGAUGAACAUGGAUCUUCUCUAAUAGAAAAAAAAAUGUUUUAUUGAUAUUGAAUUAUCAUUUAUACCAUCUAAUGGAAUUU